AUGUCCAAGGAAUACGCUUACUAUGCUUUUGACUCGCUUGUCUCUGAGCUGAGAGGCUCACAGGCGCAAGUGAAGCUUGAAACCCAGGAGUCCUCGCCGUUGUUUGUUACAUGGAAUAAGAGGGAACACGGGGUGAAGCAGCUAAGAGGCUGUAUUGGAACCUUCUCUGAUAUUCCACUGACAAGGGGCAUCCGUGAGUACGCACUGAUCUCAGCGUUUGAGGAUACGAGAUUCAGACCAAUUACAGAGAAGGAGCUGCCGUUGCUGUCUGUGAAUAUCACUGUGCUGAGAAACUUCACAAAGGCCGCUGAUGCGAUGGAUUGGACCUUGGGGAAGCACGGGAUUCGUGUCAAGCUGAGCCGUGGAGGGCGCUCUUACGGUGCAACAUUCCUACCAGACGUUGCAGUGGAGCAAGGAUGGACCAAAGAGGAGACUGUGGAGCACUGUAUCCGCAAGAGUGGCUACAGAUAUGACUACGACUUGGAUGACGUUGAAGUCAUCCGGUACGAAGGCGUCAAGGUUGGGUGCGACUAUGACGAGUAUCAACACUACGUAUCACAGCUUUGA